CAAUCACCAUCCAUCAAUUCUCCCUCAAUUCUCCUCAACCACACAUCAUUCAACUUUUUCUGUAGAUCCCUACACCAUACCGAUCUAACGAGUCCACUCGCCACAGCUUCCUGCUUGUUAUCUGGAUAUCUAUGCCUGUUUCGACUGGCACAGGUCCCGAAAUAGGUCAUGACUUCAGUCUAGUCAUGGACGGUUUCUUCCGGUCGAACGUGAAGUGACAGCGAGGCGCCUCUGGGCAAGAGGCAAAUCGACCUUGAGCGGUCUUGUGCUAUCUCGGUUAAAUUCUGUGCCAAUGGUAAUGUUCCGAGUGGUACUGAAAACUCCACUAGACCUACGACUACGAAAGACCGAACGAGGCCUCCUUCAUUCGCAUUCGCCACCUACCUAACAAAAUCCUCCUCCUCCGCGAGUUUCCAAACCAAAGUACACGCAAGCCUGCCCGGAGGAAGUCUAGCUACGACCGUUGGUGGUCUUUCCGAGUGCGCUAUGACCAAAAGAGAAGGGCUACUCGUAUAUGGAAAAUCGUCAUCAUCAGCACAACCCAUUUUGGAGCCAGACGCCGGCCAAGUACUUCAUUCAGGAUAUAACGCAGAUGAUCAUCAAUCCCGAAAAAUCGGUAACACCGAGAUAAGAUGCUUCGCCCUGGAGUAUCGGGCAGUGAUCGCUCUCGGAGCACCCAAGCCACACUGCCUCGUAAAAGGCUGUUCCUUCAAUGAUGGUACUUUCGACAAUGCUGUCUCAACUCGAUGGCUCGCAAUCAUCGCUAGCAGAAAUUUCUUCCAAGAAUAUCUUACGACUCCGGCACAACGGCUAGUGUGACACGGUGUGGCCUAUGCCAAUCCUGAAAUUCCAUUGCCUCCGUCUCAAACUCCCACUCAGACCACCAGGCUCAAACGAACUCCGUGCUGGUGGCAAAAGAUCGGUGCGCCAUUGAUUGCUUGAGACAAGGUCACAAACGCCAAAUCAUCUCGAAAAGUCACGAUCUGAAGCCCAAACUUUUGGUGCGCAACCCCGGAACGUCGCCUUUCCAUUGAUGGGUCUGUUUGAGCCUAAGGCAUCAACCCUCCGCAUUCGAGUGCUUGCCGAAGGGCAUACUGCAGCUCUGAAUGGCUCUGUGCCAUAGCAUCGGUUCGGUAAGCGAGACCAAUCAUGUCUUUAUUUCUGGCUCCUGCAAAUUCAGUUUCCACCACCACGAAGCUGCCAUCACACUAGUUCCUUGUCAAGGACCGUUGCUCGGUCGAUGUCGCACCAUUACCCAGUACCACCCGCAGACUUCGUUCUUCUGAGGGGCCAUCGAUGUGUACUCGCCGUCGCCCUGCACAGAUGGGUCGGCCCAGCUUGACCAGUUGUAACCACAUGACAUGGGUUGAGUUGACCAACUUCGAGUGAUCCGGGACACGCCAUGCUCUAAAUCUCUGAUGCUUGCCGGAGAUUGUCAUCCGUCCGUUGCUGCGCGGCGACCAAUAGCAGACAUAUGUUGCUUCUACGAGGGAGAAAUGGACGUGUUUCCAUGCACCAUUUGCUCGAGUCGGUAUCCAGUGAUCCUCUUCCCGUGGCUAAGAGCUACCGGUGCCAUCACCUCAUUGAGAGCCACUGCUCAAACGUCAAUCUUUUGGAUCGUCGACAACCUGGUCAGCGCUGUCCCUUGCAUUGGCGAAGCGCGAAUCCCACACCACUUACAGAAUCGAGGUCGCAUUCUUGCAACUUUAUUCAUGCAUCGACGCGCGUGAAAUGACUCUAGUCUUUGACGCCAUCUGUGAUCGCACAUAUUGGCAGUAGGACUUUCAACUUGCUCUUUCAUGGCUACCGGCGAAUUCGAAGCUCCCAUUGAUCACAACACUGAUGCAAGCGAAUCGCCUCCGUUUGAUUUGGUUUUGACAGUGCUCCUUCAGGGGCUUCCUGCAAUCACCAAUUAUGAUUAUCGCCCUGAGUCUGCUUGACGGAGCCCCCUGCUUUUAGAGCCUGCUCCACCGACUACUCCUUUAGCCGCAUAUCUAGCAGCUGCAUGCAAAGCACCUGGUCAUAUUGACUGAGACUCCAUGGCAUUUCCUCUCUCGAUGGUCCUGCCAUGACGAUGGACAUUGGUGCACUCUAGCGAGCUCUUCCAUCGAAGUUGUGCCAGUGACGUUGGGAUAUUGAUCUUUUGGUGCUUGUUACCAGAGAUCACAGUCUCCAUAUCAAUAGAUGAGGUGUUCUUUGAUGGGCGACUAACACUCUACAAUGUAAUAGAGCUGCGUGAUAGGCAACACUUUGCGGGCUUUGUCCGUAAUUUUCUGCGAAAACUGAACUCCUGCACGACGGCCAAGCACCAGCAUCGAGCUUCUCGUUGGUUGACUUGUUUUCGGGGCACUGUUGAUGUUACUUUCCAUUUUCAAGUAAUGCGUCCUGGACGGAGUUGACCCAUCGUCCUCUGUUGCGAGCAACCAUGCAUUCAUGAACAUCAAUCGAUUCAUC